AUGCGGGAUAUCCUCCGCUGUCAAGCAUGGAAAGGAGAAAGGAAACGAUCUGAUCCCCACACUCCUCCUCAUAGAUCAAAAAAAAAAUUCUUGUCAGAAUUCCGAAAAGAUCAUUCGAAAUUUGGUUCCUUUUUUUUCUGUCAAUUAUUUUUUUUUUAUUUUCUCGCUUUCAUUCAGUCAUACUCCCCCUUUUCUUUUCCUUUUUAUUUCUUCUUUUCUAUUCUGUUUUGUGUUACUUUUUUUUCCUUUUCUUCUUCCUUUCUUUAUCUGUUCCUUUUGUUAUACUUCUUCGUUUUCAUUUUUUGUUCAUAUCCUUUUUCUAUUCCCGUUAAGUCUUUCUUUCAUUUUUUUAUUCGUUUUCGUUCUCUUUCCUUUCUUUAUUCUUUCUUUUCUUCUUCUACUUAUUACUUGAUUUCCUUUUCUUCUUUUAAUUCUUGUUUAUUUUUCUUCUUUUGUUUGUUUACUGCUUCUUUUUCUUUGUUAUUUUACUUCUUUUGUUUUCGUAAUUUUCUUUUUCUUCUUCCUUUACUUUCUCCUUUUUAUUUUCUUCUUUUAUAUUCUUCUUCUUCUUCUUCUUCUUUUUUUUUCUUCUUCUUCUUCUUCAUAGUCCAUUUACUUCUUUUUCAUUUUCUUCUUAUUCCUUCCUUCCUUUCUUCUUUCGUUUUAUCGGUUCGUUUUUCCUUUUUAAUUUGCUUCUUUUUCUUUAUACUACUUCUUCUUUUCCUUUUUCUUUUCUAUUGCAUUCUUCUCCUUUUUCCGUUUUCUUCCUUUACAUUUUUCUUUACAUUUCUUCUUCUACUUCUUCUCCUUUAA